GUGUGUAACUUUGAGUGGUACCAAAACAACAAAAUUUCUUCUAAUAAUUUCACCAACAUUUUGCAGUAUGUGAUGAAAUAGUGAAGACGAGCUAUUCAUACAGAAAACAUGAAUGCAAGGUCACAGAUAUUUGAGUUGUCUGUUGAAGGUCGGCAGAUUGAUGAAGUGGUAGCAAGUAUAUUUCACACAAUACUCUUCCACAGAACAUUGGGCAAGUUCCGCUAUAAAGCAGAGGGCAGUUAUUCCAUUGGUACAGUGGGAAUGGUGGAUGUAGACUGUGAUUUUGUAGAUUUUACAUAUGUCCGUGCGGCUUCGAGUGAAAUAGACCAAGCUAUUAAGAGAGAAAUGGCAGCAUUUAGAGAUGCUCUACGAAAUAAUGAGAAUGCUACUAGUGGACAGAUUUCCUUAGAAUUUUACCAGAAGAAGCGUGCCAGGUGGCCUUUCCCAGCUGAAUGCAUACCUUGGGAGGUGUGGACCUUAAAACUGGACAUAAUUGGUCUGGCUAAUGAACAUGAGAGGCAGAUACAUAGAGAAAAGGUUGGGGAACUGCUUAGUGAAAAGAUUAUGUACAUAGCUGAUGUCAUGAACAGACAUGAAUAUGUUCCAAAGAUGCCAAACCAAUCGGAACUGGAUUUGGUGUUUGAUACAAACUUCCAGGAUGUACAACCAUAUUUAUUUAAAAUCUCACACCAGACCACAGGACCACAGUCUGCAUCAGUCAGCAACACCAUGAGGAAGUUUAUCAAGGACACACUAGCAUUUUAGGCAACAGCAACCAGUCCCAGUCCAGUUUAUAGAUAUGGAGAUUAAUAUGCACUCUAUUCAAUGCUGAUAAUCUUAACAAUGGGCAUUUUCUAAGAACAUUUGAUGUAAUGAUCAUGGACAGCCCAGACAUGGUGUAUAAUUUAAAAGAAGCAGUGGAGUCUGUGAAGUAUCUCAGUUCUUUAUCAAAGUUCAGAGUUACAUAGUUAAAGGAAUAUAAUGUAAUGAUAUGUCCAAAGGGCAUUUUCAAACCUGAUAUAAUUUGUGUCAAGAAAGCUGAACAUUCUUUUAUUUAUACAUUUGUACAUGUAUGUGGUCAGUUUGUUGUGCAUGCUGUAAUUCCACGGCACGUGGAAUUUUUUGCAACAUUUUCUUUAUAGCUAAAGACAAAUGUGACAAACAAGGGCUCGAAUGAGGCUAGUACUUCAUUGGUUUUGUAUCAUACAAACCAAUCGUAACUCGUGUUAACUUAUGAAAGAUAUGAUUCUGUAUGUAAGAGGAGUCAUUUCGAGAAAAAGUGACUUUGAUGUUGCUGAACACAGGCAUGAUUAACAGAAGUCAAAAUAACGGUGUCUGAAAAGUUUGUUUGUUGUGUGUGAAAAGAAAAUAAACCA